AAGGGAUAUAAUUAAAUAAUGCUCAUCCUAGUCAAAAUGAAUGGGUAAAGUAACAAUUGGUGUAAAACUGAUUUAUAAUGACAUAACCAUGUUUUGCUGUUAUGUGACAAAGUGCCUUUAUUCAGCAGUCUUCUAAUGAUGAUGUGAUUUAUGAUUUAAAAGGCCUGAACCAAUAUGGAUGUUAUACCUUGCAUCAGAAGUAUAGCACCAACACCUAAUUAGCUCUCUCCUGAGCCCAAAGUCACUGAGCCCAACUCUCCCUUCAUGAUGCAGUGUGUGGUUUGAGAUAAAUGAUAUAACAUUAAGCUCAAGGUGGUUGAGUCUCAAGCAGUAGGGAGGCGGAAGCAAGCCAAGGGAGCUCCGUGCCCACUGAUCCCACGGGACUCACUGAAGACACCGGAACUCACCCGGAUAGCAAGGUGAUGCAGAUCAACCUGACAGGUUUCCUGAAUGGGAAGAACGCCAGGGAGUUCAUGAAGGAUCUGUGGCCCCUGCUGCUGAGUGCCCAGGAGAACAUUGCUGGCAUCCCAUCAGCUUUUCUGGAACAGAAGAAAGAGGAAAUCAAACAGAGACAGAUUGAGCAGGAGAAGCUAGCGUCUCUGAAGAAGGUGGAUGAAGAUAAGAAGGAAAAGGACAAGGACAUCAGAGAUAGAGCUCAGUCAAAGAGCCCAAGGAGGCGGAAGACAAGGUCACCAUCACCACGGCGAAGGUCACCAGUGAAGCGAGAAAGGAAACGAAGCCCCUCACGCUCCCCCAGACGUAAAGCCAGUCCAGUCGGAGGUAGUUCACCCCCACCACCUCUGAUGCAGCUGCCCUCAAAACCUUUGGAGCAGCUUGUGGAGCCGGACACAUCAGGAAGAGCCAUGCCGGAACCAGUCGUCCAAGAAGCUUCUUCCACCUGUGACACAGUUGUGGAGGUGGUGAAAGCAGACUCAGUGACUGAAGUCAAAGAACCCUCCCCAGAGAAAAUUCAGAAGAAAGAGGAAAGGCCCCGGUCUCGGGAAAGGGAAAAGGACAGCAGGAGGGAACGACCUCACCGCUCCCGUUCUCAUUCCCGCUCUCGCAGACGACGCUCCCGUUCAAGGUCUUUUUCCCCUCGUAGAAGGCAGAGUCCAAGGAGAAGAAUGUCUCCUCGUCGAAGAAGCCCACCCAGACGAGGUCCCACAAGCUCCAGACACAGACACAGGCGCUCCCCUGUCCGCAGCAGGAGGCGUUCUCGUUCAGCUUCAUCCUCUGGCAGCAGCUCCUCAGGCUCCCGUUCGCCUAAAAAAGCAAUGAAAAGAAUAUCCAGCACUCCACCCCGAAAACAGGCCCAUCAUCCGGACGCCUCCAUUAGUCCUGCUGGGAAAGAUAGACGGUCACCAUCUCCACGGACCAGAAGGGGCAGAGGCUCAGCGUCACCACCCAGAUCAUCUGGUCUGAAGCGUAAACAAGGAGGAAGGGGUGAUUCUCCAUCUGAUAAUGCCAAAUCCAGACCUUCUGAAGGAUCCGAGUCGGAGGAGGAUAAAAAUGAGAAAGGGGCAACAGCAGAUUCGGUGCAACAGCGACGUCAGUAUCGCAGACAGAAUCGACAGUCGUCUUCAGAUACAGGGUCUUCCUCUUCAGAAGAUGAGGGGCCCAAGAGACCAAAGGCAGGGCCAGGUGCCAGAAAUGGUGACGUCAGGAGGCGACGUAGCCGUACACCUUCUCCACGAAGACGACACAGGGAUGCCUCUCCAAGGAAAAGACGUUCUCCAUCUCCUGGUGGACGUAGACGUCGCUCUCCUUCUCCGCCACGACGUCGCAGAUCUCCCUCUCCUCCUAGACGCAGGUCUCCUUCUCCACCUCCCCGCCGACGAUCUCCAUCCCCGAGACGUUACUCCCCCCCCAUCCAGCGUCGCUACAGCCCCUCACCUUUACCUCCACAGAAGAGGAGAUUUUCUAGCUCUCCCUCAAAACGCUCUUCUCCAGGGGCAAAGCGACGCCCUUCUAGGUCCCCCAAGCGCAGAAGUUCUCCUGCUCAAAGGCGGCGCACACCUCCUUCUUCAGCGUCUCCACCCAGACACAGGAGAAGCCCCAUGUUGCCUUCUGUGAGGCCAAGCAGGGAUACACGAUCUCCUGUUGCAGCAGCCAGUCGCCUCUCCCCGUCCCCCGCAAACCGCGGCCGUGCUGUUAGGGGUUCCACCAGUCCUCAGGGACGUUUUGAAACCUCCAGUACAUCUCCAUGUAGCCAGCGGAGGCAAUCCCCCUCACACACUGGUAAACCCAUCCGCAGAGUUUCCCGCACCCCAGAGCCACGUAACAACCAGAGACCGUCUCCGAGCCCUCAGCCAAUGAGGAGAGUGUCCUCCAGAUCCAGAUCUGUUUCCCCUCAACCAGCAGCUCAGAAACGUCCAGCUGCUGCAUCUGCUUCCCCCUCACCAUCUCGCUCUGCCAGUGUGUCCCCACCACCAGCCAAGAAGGCCAGCAGUGGUUCAGGCAGUCAGUCACCAAGCAAGAACUCAGACAUUGAUGGCAGUGGAAAGAAAAAGAAGAAGAAGAAGGAGAAGAAGCACAAGAAAGAGAAGAAACACAAGAAGCACAAGAAGCAUAAGAAGGAGAAGAGUGGUGCUGCUGGGACUGGAGAUGGACAAGAGAACCAGGGUGUGGAUGAGGAUGGAGAAUCGAGAAAGGAAUCAGACAGUGAAGUAGACGACAGCCUGGACGACCUGGAGAAACACCUUAGAGAGAAGGCCUUGCGCUCCAUGAGGAAGGCCCAGAUGUCUCCAUCACAAAUGUCCUGAAAACAAGGAGCACCCCCUUCCUAAAUUUUCCACUUACUCUUGAUGUUUGUCAUCAACCUGGUUCAGCUUUAGAAUGUACAAAUUGUUAAUUCUUGAGUCUUUUGUUUUCUUUUUACAAGUUUGGUACAUUCAGAACAGUGUGUUUCAUUAAGAGCUUGAUUUGUCAGUUAGUGUAUUAUCUAAACUGUAAAAAAAAAAGCUUGUGUUGUCCAUAAUUUUAAAUUGUUUAGCAGGGAAACGGUUUAAUCUCAAGAGGUUUGAGUUGGGCAAGUUUAAGAUCUUUUCCACAGACUACAGUAGAUUCCAUUGAGAAAUGAUUGCAUGUGCAGUGAUUGUCUGUGUGCAUGAACCACUGAACUUCUGGAGUGUAGAGACAAACCAACAUACAGUAACACACUGUUACCAUUGCCUUUUUACCAGUGGAAACAGGCACAGCUGUGUGAACUGCUGAAGAGGUUGUAACAGAAUGUCUUGUCUGAUAUUGUAACUUAAUAGAGGUAUUGGCAUUGUUUAACCUGCUGUUUUCUUUCUCUCACUUUGAAACAGUCUUGUUUGAAGACUAAAACAAUCUGAUGUGAUACAGAGUAUGCUUUAAUUUUCCCAACUGAGUUGAUAUGCAAUUUUAUGUUGACGCCCUUGCACCAAGCAAAUCUCUAUUGGGACUGCUUUAUGAUUUGUAUUUAGUACCCCUGACUCCUGUCAUAUUGUCGUCAUUCAGAAUUAAAACCGUUUUAUAGGA